GGACCUUGCGCACAUGCUCAUACAACUGCACUAAACAAACGACAUAUGUAGUUGCAUCUUUAAACAUUUUCUUGUAAAAAGGGGAACAUUGAGACCUCUCGAUAUACAAAAAGCUCAAACUUUCUUGAUCAUUACUUAGGAUACUCAGAGUCAGAGCGUUAGAAUCUAAAAAUAUAGAAGCAUAUAUAGAAUAGAACUGACAAAACGUUAAAUUUGAAUAAUAAUUUGAAAACCAUGAAUAGCCAUAUUAAAGAAACAAAAUGAAGAAACCGCAAAACCCUCAUGACUUGGCGGGAAUAAAGCGGAGGGACAUAUUUUCUGCAAAGCCAAGGAAACGGAAAUAGAUGAAACAGAAUUUUGGUAUAAAAUAAACCGAAAUAAGGUUUGUGUGCUAGCAGUAAUUGUAAAUUUAUUGUUUUGGCUGUGUAUAAUUAUUUAUUGUGCAUUGUUAAAUUGUAUUUAUGAUUGAAGAUAGAGAUAAAUGAAAUGAAAAAACAGCAGCGACUGAUGCUUAAACGUUAUUCGCAAAUUGUUGUAGGGAUUCCUUCAAAUGGAAACAAUCAAUCUAUCAUCAAAAAAGCCAUUGAACAUUUAAUGAUCAAGAAUUAAAUUGUUAAUAAUUGCAGCGCACAUUAUAUAGGGAAGAUCUGUAGCAUAUGUUUAUAUUAUACAAUAUAAUACGUGAACGUUUUCUUGUUUUCAAAGAGAUUGUCAUGUCGAUCAAUGCCAAUCAUUACCAUGCUGCAAUACCGUUACAUUAUCAUAUGGUUAAAUGAUCACGGUUGUUAAAUAUUUUAGUUAAGUUCCUUUUUUCCGUUUAUUCUUUGCCAUAACUUGGUAGAAUAUCAGCCUUCUAACAAUUUCUUUCUAGCCCCAUAUCUCUCCAUUUUCCUACUUUCGAAUUCCUUUCAAACUCGCUUUUCAAUCGUCCUCCAUUCUAAAAGAUUCGUCGUUAAAAAGUGUUGUCGUUAAGUAGCUCUUAUCCUGUCAGUGCACACUUUUCUAUCUCUUUCUAAACUAGGCACCUUCUUAUUGUUUACCGAAUCCCAUACAUACGUGUCAACAACGCUGUAGAAAAUUCCUGUAUUUCUCCUCUUGUUACAGUAAGUGGGUUUUUUUGUUAAAAGGACAAAACUUUUCAGAAUUCACUUGUUUCUCCUGCAAGAAGCCUCUACAACCAAUUUUUAUUCCCAGGACACAGAAACGGUACAGUUUGUGAUUGUCAAUCAGUUUCAAUGCAUGUUUUGAAAAAAGGUUACAUAUGAUAAGUUAAGAAUUUGCUGUUCGUUAAGAGUUGGUAACUUUUCAAAGUUUUAUUUUUCACAGGAAAAUUGUUCUAGCCUUGCGUAUGCAAGAAAACUGCUGCCGAAAUCUUUCAGGGUAACGGAAAAUUCAUCAGAAAAAGGAUUCUUCUGUAGAUAUAGUCGAAAAGAAAGAGAAAGUCAUUUAUAGCAAGAAAGGAUGAAUGAUUGCAACAAAUACACGUUGAUUCCUGCCAGUGAUCGCAAAUGGCAAUAUUUCGUUGGUGCCAGUGCAGCAAUUUACUUUGGGGGAUUAAUAGUUGUGCUUAUCGGAAGGCUUCUUUAUACUAUUGUAAAAAAAAGCACACGAAGAAGCCGAAGUAUAUCAUCAUUUAAUACACAGUCAUCAAAUACUGUUGCCAAGAAGAUCAAAGCGACGGAUGAACAGGAUGCAAGCUGGUAUGUCGCACUUAAAGAGGGUGCAGGCGCAUUGGUCUCGGCACAGACGUUGCAAGGACGAAUUCUGGUGGUUUUAGCAUUCAUAUCAAGCUUGUCGGCAUGUGCUCUUUACAUAACCGAGUCUUCGUUCCCUGUUGAACACUGCCUAGAUGUGAAUGACCAAAUACUGUGGCGAUUUGAGAUUUGCCUUAAUGUGUUUUUCAUCUUCCACUUUGCUAUUCGAUUCCUUUCAGCCAAUGACAAAGUUGUAUUUUGGGUCCUGGAUAUGACAUCCUAUGUAGACUACUUGACAAUUCCACCAGUUUUUGUUGCCUUGGCAACAAACCGAAAUUGGAUUGGGCUUCGUUUUCUCAGAGCAUUAGAGCUGAUAAAGUUGGCUGAGAUUUUGCAGUUUCUAAAUGUGCUCAAUACAGGCUCAAGUGUAGAAAUGGCAAGAAUUUUUGGCAACUUCUUCGCAUUGUGGCUUUCUUCUGCAGGAUUUGUUCACCUGCUUGAAAAUACAGGUGAUUUCUGGCCUCCUAUCAAUUAUGCAAACGCUCAGCCAUUAAACUACUUUCAGGCUCUUUACUUCUUGCUGGUGACAAUGUCAACUGUAGGAUACGGGGAUCUCUACACACGCACAUACCUCGGUCGUGUAUUCACAAUGAUAUUCAUAUGCGUAGGACUGGCGCUGUUUGCAAGCUAUAUACCUGCCUUUAUCGAUUUCGCAAGUUCUCAUACAAAGUACAACAGAUCAUUUACUCAAACACCUGGAAGGAAGCAUAUAAUUGUAUGCGGACAUAUCACGGAAGAAAGUGUGUCGAUGUUCGUUCGCGAUUUUCUUCAUCCUGAUCGUGAAGACGCCCAUGUUAUAAUUGUCUUUCUUGGACCGACCUUUCCAAGCAUCAGUCUUCAAGCUAUCUUGAAAAAGUAUUCGACUAGGACAGCAUACUUCAUUGGCAGCAUCUUUAAUUUUAGAGAUUGCGCUAGAAUCAAGAUGCGAGAAGCUGAUGCAGUCAUCAUUUUAUGUAAUAAAAAUUGUCAAGACCCAACUGUGGAAGAUACCACAAAUAUUCUCAGAGUGAUAUCAGUGAAAAACUACAGCGAGCACAUGAGAUGCAUUGUACAGCUGAUCAAUUACAAAAACAAGGCUCAUCUUUUAAACUGUCCACAGUGGAAUCCGAAAAUUGGGGACGAUAUCGUUUGUGUAGAUGAGCUCAAACUUGGUUUCAUUGCACAGAGUUGUCAUGCACCAGGAUUUUCUACCUUACUCGCAAACCUUUUUGCAAUGCGUGGAGACUCGAUUUCAGAGGAAAUCCACGAAAGCGAGCAAUGGAAGGUUGCUUACAUGAAAGGUUCUGCAAAUGAGAUGUACACAGCUACCCUUUCAGAUUCCUUCAACAACUUGAAUUUUGCACAAGCAGCUGAGAUUUGCUUUGAAAAGUUGCAUCUCAUGCUUAUUGCAAUAGAAAUCAAGCCUGGAGAAGCAAGCCGUUACUUUGUCAUGAAUCCGUCGGACAAGAAAUUGAAAAUUCAAUCUGGUACAAGAGGUUUCUUCUUUGCACAAGAUGCUGAAGAGGUUCAAAGGGUAAGGAUAUACUGCAACUUUUGUCACAGAGACCUUGCUGAUGUUAGAUGGAUGAAAAAAUGUCGCUGUAAUCAAAGUAAGAUUGGUAACGGUCUGAAAAGUGUCUUUAAAAGGAAAGGAACGGAUACAAAAGUAGAUUUGAACCCGAUUGCUUUAUUGGAUCCACCGGGUGGAGGCAAGAGUAUUCGAGAUUUAACGGAGGAUGUCUUCCCUGAUGGCACCAAGCCGAGAUUUGACGCAACUGGCACAUUCUUUUGGUGUGAAAGAAGACCUUUUCAAGCUGUCGUGAUGAAUCGUGGUGAAGCUGAACAGAAUCAAUUCCGUAAUCAUGUCUUGGUAUUGAUAUUGAAUUCACGCUAUUCACCACCAAUUGGUUUACGCGGAUUGGUUUUGCCUUUGAGAGCAAGCAACUUUCAUGCAAAUGAAUUGAAAAAGAUCGUCAUUUUGGGCGAUGGGGAUUAUCUUAUGCGAGAGUGGGAAGACAUAUGCAAUUUCCCGAAUAUAGACAUAGUGCCUGGGUCUCCAUAUUCAAGAGCAGACCUUCGUGCUGUAAAUGUAAACCUAGCUGAUAUGGUGAUUAUAUUUUCACCAAGUCUUGCAAAGGAGGAGGAGCACCAAGCACUGUCGGACAAGGAAAGCAUCUUGGUUACACAAAACCUGAAAGCAAUGUGUUUUGAAAAAGUUGAUAUUACUGAAAGUGGUGACAAGGGUACAAACAACGGCGAAGCUGUGCAAAACAAUCCCGUAGCAAUACCGUCACAUAUCGCAGAAGUUCAAGCAACGGGAUCAACACGUGGUGCUAACAUCCCAAUAAUAACUGAACUUGUUUGCGAUUCAAAUGCGAUGUACCUCGACCAAGAUGACAUGAAUAUCUAUGAUGAUGAUGGAAUAUACCUAACACAACCUUAUGCAUGCGGAUCUGCGUUCACAAUGUCUGUUUUGGAUUCUCUCGUCAGUGCUACUUAUUUCAAUAGUGAUAUACUGACACUUGUGAGAAAUUUGGUAACGGGAGCUGUAUCUCCUGAACUCGACACACAAAUGGCUGAAGGAGUGCAAAUUACUGGUACACAAGAAACCCCGGAGAUUGCAGCAGCUCGAAACCGAUGCCGUGUGGGACAAAUUUCUCUGUAUGACGGGCCACUUUCAGAAUUUGGGGAAUGCGGUUUAUUUGGUGACCUAUUUCUGUAUGCUCUUCGUACUUACAACAUGAUUUGCCUUGGGCUUUAUCGAUUUCGUGAUAAUUCGCGUCACACAACAGGGAUUCCUAGCACAAAGCGGUACGUAAUAACCUUUCCAGAAUUCAACUUUGUUUUGGCACCCACAGACCUGGUAUUUGUCCUGAUGCAAUUCGAUCAAUCCAGGCAAAAGAAGAAGAAAGCAAUUGUUGUUAACUCCAAAGGCUCGACGGCGACGGGGCUCACAAUGAGGUCUGGUAAGACGGGCAAUUCAACUUUCUUUUAGUGCAUCUUAUAUAUACACCGAGUGGAAACGAUAGUGCUCAAGUGGCUUGCACACAAAGAUAAUUGUUUCUACAAGAAAAACACACGAUAAUAGCCAGUACGUAUUGACCCAUGGGCUUUGCAUGCCAUUUGUAAAUCUCUUUGUGACCUUUGAUGCAUACGACAAGAUAAGUCAAAACUGUUGUUGUAGCACUGUGCUUAAUGCACGUUCCUAAAAGCUGUACUUCGCAGCCAGUGCUUCCUGUGAUAGUUUUUCAACCAGAUUCAAGUAAUAUUAUUUACUUAACCUUUUCAUUAAUUGAGAAUAAAUGAAAAGUUAACCAGUAAGGUUUACACAUUUUGCUAAUUUAUUGUAGAUUUUUAUGUAGCUUUGGUUUAAAAGUACUGUUCUACUUACCUUUAAUAGUGUAGAAAUGUGUCUAUUAGAAGUAAUUUUAGUGUA